CAGACACGGAGUUGGAAGUGGCGCAGAGAGGAGCGCAGAUACUGAUCAUACGCACUGCUCAUCAGGAAAAGCGUCGCUAAGAAAUAACUCACAGAUAUACGAUUCAUCUACAAAGAUUAAAGAGGGUUUUGGCUGCACCGGUGACACGGAUUUGGAUAUUUCGGGCAGAUUUUCGGAGAGAUUGCGGCGUUAUAUAAGCGGAAGAGCGUCAGCGCUGCUACUCACUGGCUGCUGUGAGUCAUUGAUAAACGCGCAGUCGCAUGAAUGAACGGAGUCGCGCUGAGCUCCUGCUUUAACCUUUAAUCAAAAAACUUAAAGGAUUUCAGCUCACCGCGGAACAACAAACGCUUGACGGACACAAAUCAAGCUGGACGGACUUUAAUUCCCCAGUUUGAAUCUUCUGCACGGCGGCCUUUGGCGCUAAGCGCGCACAGAUCGCCUCGCUGUCCGGAACCCAACGGUGCGUCCCGAUGCUCGAUAAGCUCAGACCCGCUCAUCUCGAGUCAGUCAUGGCUAUCAGUAAGAGUGUAUCAUGGCUCCGGGAGCAGCUGGAGACCCGGCGGGAGCGCCUGCUGCUGAUGGACUGCCGCGCCCGGGAGCUCUACGACUCCUCGCACGUCGAGGCGGCCAUCAACGUGGCCAUCCCGAGCCUGAUGCUGCGGCGCCUCAAGAAGGGCAACCUGCCCAUCAAAUCCCUGCUGUCUGACGGUCAGGACCGCGAGAGGUUCGCCCGGCGGUGCAGGACCGACACCAUCGUGCUGUACGACGAGUGCAGUCGGGACUGGAACGAGAACGUGGACGGAGGGUCGGUGCUCGGUUUACUGCUGCGGAGAAUGAAGGACGAGGGCUACAAGGCUUUCUACCUGGAAGGUGGUUUCAGUAAGUUCCAGGCCGAGUGCCCUGCUCUGUGCGAGACGAACCUGGACGGCUCAUGUGGCGGCAGUGGUUCUCCCACGUCUCACGUACUGGGCCUGGGCGGCCUGCGUAUCAGCUCCGACUCGUCUGAUAUCGAGUCUGAUGCGGACCGCGAGCCCGGCAGCGCCACUGAUUCUGAUGGAAGCCCUGCAUCCAACACACAGCCCUCGUUCCCGGUGGAGAUCUUGCCGCAUCUGUAUCUGGGCUGUGCCAAGGACUCCACUAACUUGGAUGUGCUCGAGGAAUUUGGCAUCAAGUACAUCCUGAAUGUGACUCCCAACUUACCCAACCUGUUUGAGAAUGCCGGGGAGUUCAAGUACAAGCAGAUCCCCAUCUCGGACCACUGGAGCCAGAACCUGUCGCAGUUCUUUCCUGAGGCGAUCAGUUUUAUUGACGAAGCUCGAGGGCAGAAAUGCGGCGUCCUUGUUCACUGCCUGGCUGGAAUCAGUCGCUCUGUCACGGUGACCGUCGCCUACCUGAUGCAAAAGCUCAACCUCUCGAUGAACGACGCCUAUGACAUCGUCAAGAUGAAAAAAUCGAACAUUUCACCCAACUUCAACUUCAUGGGCCAACUCUUAGACUUUGAGCGCACGCUUGGCCUCCAGAGCCCGUGCGACAACAGAGGUUCGGCGCCCUCACAGCCGCUUUACUUCAGUACGCCCACCAACCACAACGUCUUCCAACUCGACCCGCUCGAGUCCACGUGAGCCCCGUGAACAGCUCAGAAAGGUGGUUCUCUCAACUUCUCUUUUCCCCAGAAAGUUUCUGGACGUUUUUGACGGCGUGAGAUGCCGACUCAUGCCACUGACCACGCGCUUGGCGCUUUUGGCUGAAGCAGAGGCAGUUGCUGUAAUAUUGGGACGGAGAAGCCCAGCUCUAUAUGUCAGACUCUUUAAGGUAGUUCCUGCUCUCUAUAUUCAUACUAAAGCAUGUGAGGACUGGUUAAACAAGGCUGGCGUGCCAAAGAGGCGACUGGAAGCGGACAAUGAUACAAAGACUCUUUUUUUUAGCACUUGCACCUUGCGUUUUCGGGUGUGCUCUCGUUGUCUUCAGUGAAGACUUGCCUGUUUUUGGAGAUUAAAAUCACAAACACCCUGGGUGAUUAUGGCACAGUAGAGUUAGUGUACUCCAGUUUGUUUGCAUGGAGACACUUUUCAAUUGUUUAUACGUGUGUAUAUUAUAAAUCUAGCCACAGUAUACCUGUUGCAAAAGACAGGUACAGAUUGUUUUUGUCCUUUUACUGUCUAUAGCAAACUGAAUAUUGAUCAAUAUGAGUUUUAUGCCAAAAAAUGAGUAGGUUUUCGUGAAAUGUGUAUAUGUAUUUUUUCUUUUUGCUUUAAGAAUGAAUUCAGCCUUUAUCCGCCUUUUCGUAGCAUCCUUCUCUCCAGCUGCUCGCUUGCCUUAGGUCUUCUGUACAUACGAGCAUUGUUGUGCAUUCAUUUUCCCAGCAAUUACUCCAUAAGUUUCUCUGUCACCAGCCGACAAAGCCAGAACUAACGGCACAUUCAAAAAGUAUUCUUCACUUUUGUAUUAAUAUGUGUUCCUGAAACGCCAUCGGUUCCAGUAUGGCCGCAUGCUCACCACAGAUUUACCGCCAGGACACUUUUACACUUUUGGUUUUAACGUGGAAACGAGAAAAGGUCGACGCAAGAGAGAGACUGCUCUUCAGGGAAAUUUUUGUGAAAUGCAAUUUAACUGUCAGAGGAAGGACUGAUGGAUUUAAGGGGGGCGCUGGUUCCCUUGAUGCAAAGGCCUGUUUUGGAGGAGGGUGCACUUUAAGGCCCUCAGUCCAAACCUACGAAUGUAUAGAGAUGAUAAGUUAUUAAUAAAAUGCUAUUUUGUCUAUUCAAA